CGAAAAUUAUACCAAUUAAAAAGUGUUUCGCUUACGCUGUCUUCUUCCUUCAGUCCUCGCACUUCCCAUUUCUCGACUCGGAUCGGAGACUCGCUUUUCUUCUCAAUUUUUCAUUUCACUCUCUCUAAAACCCUAACAUUUCAUAAUGCCCGAACCGGAGUCGCUAAACCACGAGGCAGUGCCGGCAGAAAAAACAGAAGUGGUACCGGAAUCGAGAUCAGCAUCCGGACCCGUAUCAAAUCCGCAGCCAAAAACAGAACCCGUGCGGACGGAACAAGCGCAAACACAAUUGGGGCCGAAAUCGGAAUCAAAAGCUGAUCCCGCGGAAAAAGACGCAGAUCUCAGGAAAACGACGGUCCGUUCCAAUGAGGCGAACGCCAAUCCUUCUCCCACUCCGCAGCUUCGGAAAGACGAAGGAAGCCGUACGUUCACCAUGAGAGAAUUACUGAACGGAUUGAAAAACGAUUCCGAACCGGAGAAAGAAGAUGCUAACUCACCUUACAGCCCAGAACGACAGCAACAGCACGCAGAGCAGAACAACGCUGCUAUGGAUUUGAUAAAUAGCGUUGUAGGUGUUGAUGAUGAAGGCCGGUCCCGACAGAGGAUUCUAACAUUUGCUGCCAGGAGGUAUGCUACUGCAAUUGAGAGGAACCCUGAAGAUUAUGAUGCAUUAUACAAUUGGGCAUUAGUACUUCAGGAAAGUGCAGAUAAUGUUAGUCCAGACUCCACUUCACCCUCCAAAGAUGCUUUGCUGGAGGAGGCUUGUAAGAAGUAUGAUGAGGCCACUCUCCUAUGUCCCACACUACAUGAUGCUUUCUACAAUUGGGCUAUAGCAAUUUCUGAUCGGGCAAAGAUGCGUGGCCGCACGAAGGAAGCUGAAGAGCUGUGGAAGCAGGCAACAAGGAAUUAUGAAAAAGCGGUUCAACUUAACUGGAACAGUCCCCAGGCGCUCAAUAAUUGGGGACUUGCCCUUCAGGAACUCAGUGCCAUUGUUCCAGCCCGAGAAAAGCAAAAGAUUGUGAGAACUGCAAUCAGCAAGUUUCGUGCAGCCAUACAGUUGCAAUUUGAUUUCCAUCGGGCAAUUUACAAUCUUGGGACUGUUCUGUAUGGGUUGGCAGAGGACACUUUAAGAACUGGGGGAUCAGUGAGUGCUCAAGAAGUUUCACCCAAUGAAUUGUACAGCCAGUCUGCAAUUUAUAUUGCUGCCGCUCAUGCAUUGAAACCAAAUUAUUCAGUUUAUAGCAGUGCCUUGCGGUUGGUGCGCUCUAUGCUACCAUUACCACACCUUAAAGUUGGAUAUUUAACUGCACCUCCUGUGGGGUCAACGAUUGCACCCCAUAAUGACUGGAAACGGUCAGAGUUCCUUUUGGAUCAUGAAAAGCUUCAGCAGGUACCCAGAGGAGAUCAUAAACAAGUACCUCAAAGCCUCUCAGGCAGAUCAGUAGAUGCGGUGAAUGCGGAUAAGAAGACUAUCAAAGUAGAUAUAGCAGAUAUAAUUUCUGUAUCAGCAUGUGCUGAUCUGACCUUACCACCUGGUGCAGGGCUCUGCAUAGAUACAAGUCAUGGAUCGUUUUACCUGGUUGCUGACUCUUGGGAAUCAUUGGAUGGCUGGCUGGAUGCACUUCGUCUAGUUUACACAAUUUAUGUGCGAGGCAAAAGUGAUGUUCUGGCUGGUAUAAUAACAGGAUGAAUAUAAGUUUUAAGUGUACCAUCAAUUUAAUAUUCCAAUUUAGUAAGAACUAAUUCCCGCGUUUUGCACUUCUCCGCGAACUUGUGUAUAAUAUUGAGUUAUGUAUGAAAUAAUUUCAAUACAAUUGAAAAGUCUUGGUUUACUCGUUAACGAGGUUGUUUCUAACGUUUACAAAUAUACAUUUUGCAAAAGUUGCAGAGUUUUAGGAACUGAAAUAUGAAUUAAUGUUGUUUACA